AUGGUUUGGGAAGCGCCUGCCGGAGCGCCCGUCGAGCUCUGCUUUGAAGCCAUUGACCUGCUGGGCCUGGACCAGGCUGCCUGCAGCAGCGUGCUGGAGGAUUUGGCCAAAAAGUUGAGACCAAUUCCACCAUUGGAGUUCAAAUCCUUCUCCGAUUGCAGCUAUCUGACCUGCAAGGCCCUGGGUGUUCAAGUUCGACUCGUUUCCGGCAAAGCUGAUGUGGUUUUCCUCUACAAUGAGAAUGUGGAGGGAUUUAGCCAAUUUCGAGGCACUUUGCCUGAGGGUCUGGAGUGGACUCACGAAAGCAAGGAUGUGAUUUUGAUGCUCGGAGAGCCAUCCGACAAAUAUGGUGGAGGAAGGUUCAGAGCUGUGGGAAUCAGCUACGAGACCUUGGGCCUGGACAUCCAAUUCAAGGAGAGCAGUUGGGAAGACCAGAAGAACCCCAUCGCCUUCAUCUCUGUUUUUCAGCGGCUUGAUCCUUCACAUGGUUUGUGUGAGCUAUGCGGGAAGCAUGCUUCAUUCAGAUGCGGAUUGUGCAAAAACAAACGCUAUUGCAGCUCUGACUGCCAAAAGAAAGACUGGUUGAGACACCAAAAGGAAUGCUCAGGGUAUCUGGAAAAGCCAUCACUCAAAUGUGAUGACUUGCUACCGCGCUGCCAACAAGCCUCAAAGCUGGUCACGCACAAGGUGAUCUUGGACGCGAUGGACUGA